AUGUCUGUUCCUCGUCUUUACAGCCGAUUUGGUAGCGCAAUCCGUUCUGCGACAGUUGAGCAACCUGGCUUCAAGGGCGCUCUUUCGCGACACAUCAUUGCGGCCAAGACCGCGAACAUGAAGAACCCCGAUCCCUCCAAGGCGACAGUCCGGCACGCUGUGUACGAUCGCCUGUGGGCUAAGAAGGUGGCUGCCGCUCUCGGUCUGGAGCGAGCCAGAUACAUGGUGUCUGGCUCCGCGCCCUUGGACCCGACACUACAUGACUUCCUGCGUGUUGCCACCGGUACCGAUAUCCUUCAGGGUUACGGCUUGACUGAGUCCUACGCCUCAGCCACCGCCCAGCCGACCUACGACCUGACCUCCGGCAACUGCGGUAGCCUUGCUCCCUGUGUCGAGGCGUGCCUGGCCUCCCUGCCAGACAUGGAGUACUCCGUGGAUGACAAGCCGUUCCCCCGUGGUGAGCUCUUGCUGCGCGGCAACAACAUGUUCCGCGAGUACUACAAGAACGAGGAAGAGACCCGCAAUGCCGUCACUGAGGAUGGCUGGUUCCGCACCGGCGAUGUCUGCACAAUCGACGAAAAGGGCCGCUUCAUCAUCAUUGAUCGCCGCAAGAACGUGCUCAAGCUCGCCCAGGGCGAGUACAUCUCCCCCGAGCGUCUGGAGGGUGUUGUCCUUGCCGAGCUUGGCUACAUCGCCCAGGCUUAUGUCCACGGCGACAGCAUGCAGACCUUCCUAGUUGGCAUCUUCGGUGUCGCACCUGACCUCUUCGCUCCGUUUGCCAGCAAGGUUCUGGGCAAGACCAUUGCCCCGACCGACUUGGAAGCGGUCAAGGAAUCUCUGGGCGAUGACAAGAUCCGCCGUGCUGUGCUCCGGGACCUCGAGCGCGUGGCUAAGAAGCACAAGUUUGCUGGCUACGAGAGAAUCCGCAACGUCUCUCUCAAGGUGGAGCCAUUCACCGUUGAGAACAACUUGCUGACCCCAACUCUUAAGCUCAAGCGUCCCCCUGCUGUCAAGCUAUACCGUUCCCUUCUGGAUCAGCUCUAUGAGCAGGCCACCGAGGAGCAGUCUGCCCCCAAGGCUAAGCUGUAG